AUGAAGUACAUUGCCCUCCUUGCCGGCCUCGCGAGCCUCGCAGCCGCCCUCCCGAGCCCACAGGCUGCCCACCAGCAGCUCAAGCGCGUCCACCGGCGCCAUCUCUCCCACGGCGGCCGCGCCUCGAGCUUCAACCACAAAGACGACCGUGUCACGGCCGCGGGCCUCGGCAUGCUCAAGACGACAAAGCACACGAGCUACUCGGACAACUGGGCCGGCGCCGUGCAGACGGACAGCGGCUUCACCAAGGUGGUCGGCACCAUCACCGUGCCCAAGGUGUCGUCAGGAGGCGAUGCGCACGCCGCGGCCGCGGCAUGGGUCGGCAUCGACGGCGACUCGUGCGACAGGGCGAUCCUGCAGACGGGCAUUGACUUUUACGCCGACGGGUCCUUCGACGCGUGGUACGAAUGGAUCCCCGAUGGGUCGUUUGCGUUUUCGGACUUUGGCAUGAGUGUGGGCGACAAGAUCCGCAUGAUGGUCGAGGCCCGGUCGUCGACGUCGGGCGUCGCGACGUUGGAGAACUUGAGCACGGGGGCCAAGGCUUCGCAUGACUUUACGAAUCCCCCGUCGAAGCUGUGCGAGGAGAAUGCCGAGUGGAUCGUCGAGGACUUUGUCACCGACGGGAAACUUGUCCCCUUUGCCGACUUUGGAUCCAUUACCUUUACCGACGCGAGGGCUGAGGGCUCGUCUGGUACGGUCACGCCAGCGGGUGCCGAAAUAUACGACAUCGUGGCCGAUGACAAGGUCGUUACCGAUUGCUCGACAAACGGUGAUGAUCUGACUUGCGACUACACCGGCUAA